GUUUGAGACACGAUAAACAGGUUUAUGUUCACUUACCGACAUGGAGGUUAUGUUUUCUGUAGCCCUUUUAGGAUGGGUAUUAGGAUUGACAGGUGUCCGUGGAUACCCCGACUGCUGUGUGGAGAGAAGUGUAGGAGACGAGAUGGACGUCACCUGUCGACGGUGUAGACUUAACACUGUACCGCAGGAUUUACCUGUCAACGUCACACAACUAGAUCUGACGAACAAUGAACUUACCAUCUUACAACCGAAAUCUUUCUUCACUUUACUAAAUUUAAAAACCCUGAAACUGGACUCGAACCGGAUGAGAAACAUAUCACUUGGAGCAUUUGACGGGCUUCUAAACCUUCGAUAUCUCAGCCUCAGAGAUAACAAUUUGGAUAGCUCUCUUGGGGCAAACAUAUUCCAACCUCUGGUCAACCUUCGAGUUUUACAACUUAAUCAGAACAGAUUCCAUAUCCAUAAAGCCUACCCAGUUAACGCGCUGUCAUAUCUUACUAGCAUUGAGAUAAUUUUCAUCGAUAUUUUCGAACAAUUCAGCUUUGGAAGUGCAUUUUCGGGUUUCAAUAAUCUGACGACUUUGAACUUACAUGGUAUUGAAAAAUGUUCUAUUCGAAAUACAACCUUCAGGGGAUUAGAAAGUUUGACAAUAACACAUCUCACAUUAGAUUCUAAAAUCAGCUUUAUAGAAAAGGACUCAUUUUCUCCAUUCAGAAACCUUACUUUACUCCACAUCGAUUCCCGUCGGACACUAGAUAUCCAUGAAGUUUUCCAAGCUCUGUAUGGAUUACGGAACCGAACAAUGGAAGAGAUUAGAUACACUGACAAUUUUCUGUUGUUUGACAGACCUGUAGAUUUAACGGUUUCUGACAUUCAAUUUUUAAAGUCUAUUUGCGUAAAACGUUUAUAUCUAAUUAGAAAUUCUUUAAUCCACAUCCAUUUGCAAGUAAUCGGAUCAUGGACAAGCAGAAAUUGUGUUGAAGUUUUAGAUGUUUCAGCAAAUAAGUUCAGCUCCUUCGGAAUACUACUAGUUAUUCCAUUAUUUCCUAAUUUAACUCAUUUCAUCCUCACAAACAACAUUCCUAGCCGAUCGAAACGAAUGCUUUACAUCUUCAAUCGGCACAAACUUCCAGAAAAAAUCACUUUCAUUAUACCACCUAAAUUAAUGUUUCUAAAUGUAAGUCAUAAUAAUGUACAUGACUUUGAUAAUAUACAUUUUUCAUUUAAGAAUUCUCUAAAAUUGUUUGACAUCAGUUACCAGCGUAAAGGCAGAUUCAGGCACCCUAUAUAUGGUAAAGAGCUGACUCACUUAGAAGAGUUGUAUGUAUCAGGUAUGAAUUGCUACCACUUUAGAUGUAUGGACUUCAAUGGUAUGAAAAAUCUUACAAAACUUGAAGCAAAGCAAAGCAAUUUGAAAAAUGAUUUUCUGUCUGUCAACUCGAAGUCAGUAUUCAUUGGACUUCGUAACCUGACAUAUGUGGAUUUGUCAGUAAACCAUCUCAAUGAAUGGGAUUCAUUAACAUUUCAUGAUCAAAGACAAUCCUUGAAAGUUUUACUCAUCUCGGAGAAUGAAAUAAACGUGUUUCCAACACAAGCUUUAGAAACCCUUGAACAACUGGAAUACGUUGAUAUCGGUAAUAACGCCCUAACAACACUGACAUUAUCAGAUUAUAACGUCUUAGACAAACUAAAACAACAAUCUACAAAGUUCCUGGUUAAUCUGCACGGUAAUCCCCUCCUAUGUAGCUGUGACGAUUUGGAUUUCCUGCGUUGGGCUGUAAGAACAACAGUACUUUAUGACAAAGAAAAUCUUCGAUGUGCCACACCACACGGUGAUUCAAUCAGGAUUAAAUAUCUAGAAAGAAACUUUGAGAGAUUCGAGGUCGACUGUGCUUCCUUCAGCUGGCUCAUUGUCUCCAUACUACUGCUCGUAGUAAUGUUCGUGUUGGUUACAUUGUCGUUGGUAUCCUGGAGAUACAGCGCCAAGUUACGGGUCUGGUGUAGACAACCAGCUGAUGGCGAGUUCACACACUAUGCCUUUAUAUCAUAUUCCGACAAGGACAGCAAAUGGGUCCGAGAUCAACUUACAUCACACUUAGAACAAGAAGGACUUUCGUUCAUGUGUGCAGACAAAGACUUUGAACCAGGAAAAGAUAUCGCUACAAACAUUUUGGACGCGAUAGAUAGUUGUUAUAAGUCUGUGUUUGUAGUAAGCUAUCAUUUCCUGAACUGUGAAUGGACUAGGUAUGCUAUGCAGGUAACAAGUGGUUAUUCCUUUCGAAAAGGCCGAGAGGAUAUGAACAUUAUUAUCCUAUUAGAUGAUAUUGAACUCUCUGAGUUGCCCAAACUACUUCGUAAAAACUGGGACAAUGUCGAAUGUUUACGAUGGCCACGUGAUGAUUCCUCACUCGAAAAAUGUGCUGACAAAAACACAUCAAUGGAAAAAGCAAGGGAGAAAGUUUUGGCCAAAUUAUCAAAAUACAUCCGAAAGGGGAAUCCUGAAAUUGUUAAACCAGAGGAGGAUGUGAAUGACACAAUGUUAUAAGAUGGCAUGACAUUUAAUGAAUGACAUGAUGCCAUAAGAUGGCAAGACAUGACUCUGGUGUCAUUUUACCUACAAUCCCCCUUUGACGUUAUAUAAAUAACAUAGCCCACCUUAUCUAUGUAUUAUAUGUUUUAAUAUUUUCAUCCUAUUUUUCAUGUUAUUGUUAUUAUAUCGUAAGCGAAUAAAGCGAAUGCUUUUAAAAA